AUGGCCGCUAAUCCGAAUCAACUGCCAGGGACCCAGUCUUGCCCUCCGCCUGAACUGCCUCAGCUCGUCGCAGAGCAACAUGUUCCGAUUCCCGCUCAUGAUAAGGACACUCAGCGUCUGAUCGUCGUCCUCUCCCAUGCCAGCUUGGAAACCUACCGCGCUUCUAGCGGUCGCAAUGGCUCGAGUCGCGACGAGAAGUAUUCGCUCCUCAACAGCGAUGAGCAUAUUGGUGUCAUGCGCAAGAUGAACCGGGAUAUUAGUGAGGCUCGUCCAGACAUAACACAUCAGUGUCUGCUUACCCUGCUCGACUCCCCCGUGAACAAGGCUGGCAAGCUCCAAAUCUUCAUCCAUACCGCCAAAGGUGUCUUGAUCGAAGUCAACCCCUCUGUCCGCAUUCCCCGUACCUUCAAGCGUUUUGCUGGCUUGAUGGUGCAACUUCUGCACCGUCUGUCCAUCCGCUCCACCAACUCCCAGGAGAAGCUCCUCAAGGUCAUCAAAAACCCCAUCACCGAUCACCUGCCGCCCAACUGCCGUAAAGUGACCCUGAGUUUCGAGGCUCCCGUCGUUCGGACCCGCGACUAUAUCGAGUCCCUCGGCCCCAAGGAGAGUGUCUGUAUCUUUGUGGGUGCCAUGGCCAAGGGUCACGAUGACUUCGCCGAUUCCUUCAAGGACGACACGAUCAGUAUCAGCAAUUACAGUCUGAGUGCCAGUGUGGCCUGUAGCAAGUUCUGUCAUGCCGCCGAGGAGGUGUGGGACAUCGUCUGA